AUGAAACACUUCUGCUGUGAGCCCUGGGCAGCCUUCGCUGUGCUCUUCUUCACCACCACGCUCCAAUACUCCUGUUCAGCAGCAGCUGAAAAAGUCUCCAAUGUUUCAACAAACUCCAUGUUCACAACUGAGUAUGAAGCUCCAUGCCUCAACGUGAACUUCUGCAUGCAAGCAGCCACGUGCUGCCCGUCGGGCAUGGAUGAUUACGGAUGGAUUGCAGCGGCUGUCGGCUGGAGCCUCUGGUUUCUGACUCUCAUCCUGCUCUGCGUGGACAAGGUCACAAAACUCCGCCCUGAUGAACCCAAAUACUUGGUGGCCUGA